AUGUCUAGCAUCGCUCGCCAAAGCUUCAUGGCUUGCCGCCGUGCGCGAUUCUCUACUAGCGCUGUUACACGAAAGGACUUGGUGCAAGAUCUAUACCUUAGGGAGCUCAAGGCUUACAAGGCACCCGUCAAGGCUAAAGAUGCUCACGUUGGAGUUGUCAAGUCCUACACGGCCCCCUCAGCCCCAACCGCUCCCUCGGCCCCCACCGACCUUGCCUCGGAGCUCUCCCGGUACGAUGAAACAGAACCCACUCUUGCCGAUGCUCCCGCCGCUUCUCCUUCCAUUGCCGCACAGGCUCAGGGCGACGUCGGAUCGGCAGAUGCAUUCUUGUCUUUCUUGGAGCAGGAUGUUCCCAAGACCGAGGCCCACCACUAA